AUGUCUCCAAGGAAUAUCUACCACGCACGUACGUAUGGCAGGACAGUAUCGUUUUCACGUCGGCCAACGUCACUAACACUACUCAGGUACAUCGCCUCCUUGGUGGACCACUUGAAGUCAUUGGAGGCGGACCAUCCAGCAGACGCAGCAUCAUCAGCCACGCGGGAAUCGACGGCCUCAUCUCGGCGGCCUCGCUUUGUCCACGUUCGAGAUUCGUUCAGGUAUUUGGGUGCGAACGCACCCUUGGCGAAUUCCACCUUCAACAGUCUCGCUUCCCAAAGCCCACUUCGAAGCAACCAGGCGAGUUCACGGCUAGGGAUCCCUUUGACAUGGUCCUGGGACGCCGGCUCCCACCAAUACCUCGUCAAUAUGUACUUCGCGACGAUACAUCAGGUGUAUCCGAUCUUGGACCCUGAGUCUGCACUCUUCAGCGAUCCCCAGCGUCGCCAGAUAGAGUUGUCUCCUUUUGAAGCCUUUGUCCUGAACAUUGUCUAUUCCAUAUCAUGCCACUGCCUUCCUGGCAACAACCCGCAACUAGCUCUGCUCUCGGACACUUACCACCGCGAAGCUCUGACUUACGCCGAUAAAGUGACGGCCGAACUGAACCUCGAAGCACUGCAAGCCGUCAAUCUGCUCGCCCUGCGUAGUCUCUUUGACUCCCAGACAGGUAGCCUGGGGCAGCAGAUAGCAUUUGCUCACCGUCUAGAGCUGGAACUCAGUGCCAGAGAAGUGGACGAAACGUCCCAUGCCUUGAUCGCACUGAGAGCGACGACAUACUGUGUUGGUAACCAGAUGGCCACAGCACUGGAUCGGCCGUCCGGCCUGGUCGAGCCGGACGACGCACAGUCACUAGCACUACCAAGCGAUCUCAUGCGUCUGUGUGGUUUCUACAAAACGCAGUCGAGGUUUCGUGACGGAAUCGCAACGGAUGAAACACAGCUGACGGAUGCCGCUGGACCCGAGCGCUUGACCUUGAGUCCGCUGGUUCAAGCUGCGAAGAACGAGACCGUUUUCCUGCUCAGACCCAAUUCGGGGACAGCCAUGCAACUUCUCACUUCGUACUAUGAAGAGCAUAUGAUUUUCAACGUCUUUACACCGCACUGGGCCUACAAGGCUGGAGCACUCUUGCUUUCGGACCCAGCGCAAGAGAGCCCUCAAGAAGGCUAUGUGCUCGCCUUGACAGUAUUGGACCGAUGUGCGCUGAAAUGGCCAAAUUCUCGAGCACUACAAGACGUUUUGAGGGCCUUGGCAAGGCAGAAGGUGAAGGCGAGGUCAACAUCAGGCUAA